UUUUAAUGACGUUUUACACAUCAGCAAUAUAAACAUGGCGGAAAACGUAACGUUUUCGCGUGAUAAUAAUGAUUCUAUCAAAGAAGUCAGUCCCCUUAAGCGUAAAGUAAAUGAAACGGAGACAGAGAGCAACUCAAAGUCUUCUUCUAAACGAUCAAAAAAUGAUGACGAUGACACUAGAAAAGAGAGAAAGAAGGAGAAAAAAUCCAAAAGAAGUAGAGAAGAAAGGAAAAAAAUGAAAGAAGUUAAGAAAGAAAAAAUAGAUGAAAAGUUCUAUGAAGAAGAAAUUGCACCAGUUCAAGACCCUAAAGUUGAUAAGAGUAGGAUUUGUCCAUAUCUUGAUACAAUCAACAGAUCUGUAUUAGACUUUGACUUUGAGAAGCUGUGUUCAGUAUCUCUAUCUCACAUUAAUGUUUAUGCCUGCCUUGUUUGUGGAAAGUAUUACCAAGGUAGAGGAAAGUUGUCACAUGCAUAUACACACAGUGUACAAGAUAGCCAUCAUGUCUUCCUGAAUUUAUCAACACACAAGUUUUAUUGUAUUCCUGAUAAUUAUGAAGUUAUUGACUCAUCUUUAGAAGAUAUAAUUUAUGUUCUGAAUCCAACAUUCAGCACUAGACACAUUCAAACAUUGGAUAAAAGUGCUAAAAUGUCUCGGGCUUAUGAUGGUACAACAUAUCUACCAGGUAUUGUUGGUUUAAACAACAUAAAGGCAAAUGACUACUGUAAUGUUAUAUUGCAGGCACUAUCACAUGUGUCACCACUGAGGAACUACUUUCUACAAGAGGAGAGUUAUAAAGGAAUCAAGAGACCACCAGGUGACCAGAUGUUUCUCGUGGUACAGAGGUUUGGGGAGUUGCUACGUAAAUUGUGGAAUCCACGUAAUUUCAAGGCUCACGUUAGUCCACAUGAAAUGUUACAAUCUGUUGUACUAUGCAGUAAGAAGAAAUUCCAGAUAACACAGCAAGGAGAUGCCCUGGAAUUCAUGUCCUGGUUUCUAAAUGCUCUGCAUGGAGCUUUAAAUGGUACAAAGAAAUUGAAUAGCUCUAUAAUCAACAAGACAUUCAGAGGCAAGAUGAGAGUGUACUCUAGAAAGGUUCCACCACUAGAAAUGGCAGAACAUGAGAAGCAGAAAUUGUUACUUACAGAGGAAUAUCAAGAGACGAUGUCUGAGAUACCCUGGUUAUAUCUGACCUGUGACCUCCCAGCACAACCACUAUAUCCUGAUGAAUUACAGGAAAAUAUCAUACCACAGGUUCCCUUUCACACAAUUCUAGCAAAAUUCAACGGUACUUUUGAGAAGGAAUAUAAAACAUAUAAAGAUUCAACAUUAAAGAGAUUUGAGUUAACAAGGUUACCACCAUACAUCAUUGUUUAUGUUAAGAGAUUUACAAAGAAUUUCUUUGUUCAAGAGAAGAAUCCUACUAUAGUCAACUUCCCAAUCAAGAACAUAGAUUUUGGAGAUUUGUUAUCACCGGAGGUGCGAGCCAUUCACAGAAACACAACAUAUGACCUAAUGGCUAAUAUAAUCCAUGACGGAGCACCAGGGCCGGGGAAGGGAACUUACAGGGCACAUAUACUACAUAAGGGAUCAGGUAAAUGGUAUGAGUUACAAGAUUUACAUGUAGCAGAUAUUCUCCCUCAGAUGAUCACACUAUCAGAGAGUUAUAUACAGAUCUUUGAGCUGAGAACUGACAUACCAAACCCUGCAUUUACAAAAGAAAAACCAGCCGGUACCAGUUCAAACUCCACAGAGAAACAAGGUGGGGUAAAAAACGGGAACCAGCAAACAGUUGACAUGGAUUUGAGCAGCUGAAAAUCAACUCUAUAAAACUGCAGAGUAAAUAAUAGUGCUCGAUUACAGAGUAACAGAUAAACAACGGAUCUGCAGAGAUGUAGUGAACAUGGUCGUUGUAGCAAUUGUGAACGGUGACAUGAAUGUAGUUUAACAUGUAUACAAAUGAUUUAAAGUUAUACAUGUGGUUUUUGUUUUGUUACCUGGGAAAGCUACCAUAAUUGUCAAAAGAAAGGAAAAAUGAAACAGCACAUUAUAAAACUUGCUGCAAGAGAAAUUGAUUGUACAUAUAAAAUUGUUAAUUUCUGUUAAAGAGCCAUUAUUUGUGUGGGGUACUGUGCACAGUGCUUUUUUUUGGAAAAAAAAUACUAAAAAAUACAAAAUAAAAUCCUAAAAGAAG